AUGGCAUCACAAAACACAUCAGGAAACGUCUCAUCUUCCGGUAUCACCGUCGACGCCGUCACCGGAGAGCGCUACAUCCCAUCAUCUGUUCGAGCAGACGGCUCCAAGCGUAAAGAAAUCAAAGUUCGCCCCGGAUACCGUCCGCCAGAGGAUGUCGAGCUGUACAGGAACCGCGCUGCAGAGGCCUGGAAGAACCGUGGGAAACCUGGCGUUCCUGGGGCUGUACCAGGAGCAGCGUCACCGAAGGAGAAUGAGCCCGCCAAGGGAGGAAGCGCAGCCAGCAACAAGAACGCGAAGCGAAGGGAAGCGAAGAAGAAAGCAAAGGCUACUCAGGAUGGCGCAGGUGCCGGGACCCCCAAUGGGAAGGACAUCUCUCAGAUCGAAAACUGGAGGGCGCCUCCUGCUGGUGCACAGCAGAAGCAGGUGGAUGGCCCCGAGACUGCCGAUGCUGUUGACCCGGAAGCGGAGAAGGAAAAGAAGGCUCGCAAUCUGAAGAAGAAGCUCAAGCAGGCGCGAGAUCUGAACGAAAAGAAGAACAAGGGCGAAGCUCUACUGCCCGAGCAGUUUGAGAAAGUGAUCAAGAUUCAGGAGCUAAUUCGCCAACUCGAUGCACUCGGUUUUGAUGCCAACGGUGACAAGAAGAAGGACCAGGAGAAACCCGAGAAGUAG